AUGAAAAUAAGAUAUCCAGAAGAUGUGAUGAAAUUCAUCGGAAAUGAAAGUGUCGUGGAUCAUUUCAAACUCAUCAGUAAAGAUGGCAACAGUCUGCUCGUCGGGGCGAGAAAUAUUGUGUACAAUUUGAGUAUACACGACUUGACGGAGCAGCAACGCCUCGUAUGGCAAUCACCGGAAGAUGAUGUCAAAAUGUGUGUCGUCAAGGGAAAAGAUGAGGAAGCUUGCCAGAAUUACAUACGCAUCAUGGUUGUAACAUCACCGGGACGUCUUUUUGUUUGCGGCACUAACUCAUUCCGACCCAUGUGCAAUACCUACAUUAUCAACGAGAGCAACUACACCCUCGAGGCAACUAAAAACGGUCAGGCCGUUUGUCCGUACGAUCCGCGCCAUAACUCAACAUCAGUGUUAGCUGGUAAGUGUUUAUCUAUGCGCAUAUUUUAUUGA